UGUAAAGAUGACCUGAAAGGUUUGCUUGCCUUGAAGGGAUCUAACUAUGCUGGUCUGCUGGAGCGGCAUCGCAUUCAUACAAAAAACGUGGAGCAUGUUGUAGACAGUUUACGGAAUGAGAAGAUAGAAGUUCGUCUUGUUAAACGUCGAGAAUAUAAUGAAGAGACAGUUCGGUGGGCAGAUGCUGUUAUAUCAGCAGGAGGUGAUGGUACAAUGUUGUUGGCAGCCAGUAAGGUCUUUGAUAAGUUUAAACCAGUUAUUGGAGUGAAUACUGAUCCUGAAAGAUCGGAGGGUCACUUAUGCUUGCCUGUGAGAUAUACACACUCGUUUCCUGAGGCACUACAGAAGCUUUAUCGUGGUGAGUUCAGGUGGCAGUGGCGGCAAAGAAUCCGACUGUAUCUUGAAGGAACCGGUAUUAACCCAACCCCUGUAGAUCUACAUGAACAGCAGCUAAGCCAAGAGCAACACAGCAGGGCUCACAUAAAUGAAAGAUUCCAGGAUCAAAGAUCUGACAUUUCUGGUCCACAUCUUUUACCAGUGAGAGCACUCAAUGAGGUCUUCAUUGGGGAAUCUCUUUCAUCCAGGUAUGCUGUGUGUUCUGUCUUAUUCAGGGAGAACUUUAAGUCCUGCAAACCCAGUUUUAAAUUCUCGCUUCAUAGGGCCUCCUAUUAUGAGAUAUCAGUUGAUGAUGGUCCUUGGGAAAAACAGAAGAGUUCAGGGCUUAAUGUGUGUACUGGAACAGGAUCAAAAGCCUGGUCCUAUAAUAUUAACAAGGUAGCACAUCAAGCUGUUGAAGAGAUCCUUAAGAUUGCUAAAAAGCAUGGAAGUUUGAAUAUGCCUUUGAACACGGAACUAGUACAAAAAGUAACAAAUGAUUACAAUGAGUCCCUGCUCUACAGUCCAGAAGAACCAAAGAUGUUUUUCAGUAUUCGAGAACCUAUUGUAAACAGAGUUUUCUCAAGCAGCCGGCAGCGUGGCUUCUCUUCAAAAGUCUGUGUCCGUUCCCGUUGUUGGGAUGCAUGUAUGGUUGUAGAUGGAGGAACAUCUUUUGAGUUCAAUGAUGGGGCAAUAGCUUCAAUAAUGAUCGAUACAGAGGAUGCACUGUGCACUGUUCUGCUGGAAGAAUGA